AUGAGCGCUAAGCAUACGCCAUACCAUGAUCGUGGUAAUUCAUUACGACAGCAGUCUCGAAAUCAUUCGAAUUCAAGCGUGAAAUGUACGACUGCACGGCCUGCCAGGGAUAGAGAGUUGUCUCAUGCUCUGUGGGAAGCGCUAGUAUGCUCAUCCAAUGAUGAUAGCAAGUGCUUCAUACCUUUCAAUACUCUUCAACUAGCCAAAGACCGAAAACUUGUUGAGCAGACUCUCCGACACAAGGAUUCCGGUGUCUCGGCGGGUGACAUACCAAAGUUAUUAGAGACAAUCUGUUCAGGAGAGCAGGCCCCAAGUGCCAAGUCAUUCUUCCGGAUAUUUGCUAUUUUAGUGAUAUGUAAAAAUACUAGGUAUAUCAGCGAAUUUAUCGAAUUAGGUGUGGACGACGCUUAUCUCCCCCUUCCAACUAUAAGGCGAAGUGAAGGCAAGAUCACAAUUCUGCACAAGAACGAGAAAUACCGUCCACGGAUUAAGUCAGAAAAGGUGGAGAGAAUCUUCCAAGACCAGGAGGAUUGGGAUUCCGACAAACUACAUAACUUUAAUACGCGGCAAUGGUGGGCCAUUGCGCCUUUCCUCUGGCGACGAGAUAAUGUGAUCCCACAUUAUGUCCUGGAAGCCAGCGAUGUCCUACCCUUCACUGGGAAUGAGCGUAGCAAAGGCCCCCAGAUUGAAGUGGAUGACCAGGAUGGACCCGAGACUGUGGACCCAGAGCCGUUAUUAGAAAAAGAAGGAGGGUUUAGUGAUGUUUUCAGAGUACAGAUACACCCAUCACAUUACGACUUCGGUACUCAACCAUACAGUGAUGGUUCACAUACCUACAUUCUAAAGCGACUAAAAUCGCCAAACGAGAAUGAGUUCAAGCAAGAAGUCAACGCUCUCAUAAAAUAUGAUCACGGCAUCGGGAAACAUUUGCUCCCGCUGUUAGCUACGAUUGAGAAAGAAGAAACCAAUUCGAAUUCGAAGUAUUAUUUGCUGUUUCCAGAAGCGAAAGGAGACCUACGCGAUUUUUGGAAAACCCAGUUCACCAGAAACGCCAACAGUUCUCUCUUGAGAUGGAUGGCUGAGCAAUGUCUUGGCGUAACUAGGGCCCUCUCUAUGCUUCACCAAGAUCAAGAUCAGGAUAAGCAGGAAGACUAUCCAAUUUAUGGUCGCCAUGGAGAUAUUAAGGCUGCUAAUAUCCUCUGGUUCUCUAAACCCGGCUCGACCGAUCACUCAGGUUGGGUCCUAGUUUUGUCUGACUAUGGUUUGGUGCGAUUCCACCGAUUCAUGUCAAGGUCCAUCCAAACUGCGCGAAACAUAAAAAAGACCAUUACAUACCAAGCACCAGAGUUCGACAUCGGAAAGAUAUCUAGGAAGUCAGAUGUAUGGGCUCUAGGAUGUACCUUUCUAGAAUUCAUCACAUGUUACCUCAAGGGAUUUCACGCAGUUAAUGAGGACUUUCCCAGUCAACGUGGAGAAUAUGAUGAGCGCCUUAAGUUCGAUGCCGAUAAAUUCUACCGCACUAUCCAAGAUGGCAAAUGGGCCGAGCUGAAGCCUAGCGUCCGGAAUUGGAUUUCAGACCUCCACCAGAGUCCUAAAUGCUGUCAAUACCUCCAUGAAUUUCUCCACUUCAUCGAGAAUAACAUGUUACGCAUUGAGCGAGACGAGCGACCAGCGGCAUCUGAGGUCGUUGAAACGCUCGAGAGUCUCCUGAAAAGAUGCCAGAAUGAAAAUUAUCUCAGCGGGCAAUCCGGCCAAUGCAGUGUGUGGCAACAUGGGAGGUUGUGA